CAAUCUUUAUUGUAUGAAAGGCCAUUGAUAAACAAUAUCAUUUACAGCUGUAUAGCGCAUUAUAAAAUUAUUGGAUAACUAAUAUGAUGCUUGACAUGUAAUAGAGGUAUUGUUAUAACAGAGGUAAUAACCACAGUGGCAGAAGUAGUGGUAUAAAAUACAAAAGGAAUACAAAAGGAAAGGAAUGGAAAUAUGAAGUUUUACGUCGCAAAGGCUUUCCACUAUAGCGCGACUUUCAAUACAAAAGGAUCUAUCAGAAAUAUACUCAUCAUGUCAAGACAAUUUGACAAUUUAAAUGUAUAUGCAUUUCUAGUAGAAACAAACAGACAAAAAUGAAAUGUAGAUACUACUGAUCUAGAUGCGAAAGUUUCAAAACAACUAACUUUUUCUGGACAUAUCGGAUUUACUAAGUAAUUUACUACGCACUCGUAGAGUUUGAUAUAUGUAUUGUAAUAUCUUAGUUAAUUUUUGACUAUGGAUACCAUUAAAAGAUAAUAUUUUGUUCAUGGAAUAGUCAGCGAGCCUGACCACCCGAUCCCGUUAGUCGCUCUUACGACAAGCAUAAAUCGCUUUUUACGGCAAGCAUGGGUUGCUGAAGAUCUAUUCUACCCCGGAUCUUCACGGGUCCUGCAAGUUGUGUGAGUUGCGGUGAGGUUGGGGCAGGACAUGCUUACCAUUGAGUGUACAAGGCGAGGUUUUAGAUUACGCGAGUUACUGUGAGUCAUUUCUCCGCCUUUGUAUAAUCGGUUUACUCUCACUUUGCCAGCAGGCUGGGGAGAUUAACUUGUACGGUCCAGUGACUUGCCAGCUAUAGCCUGUUCUGAUUAAAUAACGGGUAUAUACACUGUAUAUAUAUGGAUUUGCCAUUUGAGAAUUUAUUGCAAAAUGGCAAAUGCACAGGUAAACCUUAAGUUCAUCCCUAAUUCGCGAGAUGGACAGAGUUUAGUGUAUGGUGGACAUAAGUUCAGAGUCAAGGCAAGAAGACGAGACACAGUGCACUGGAGGCGUUGUAAGGCUGGAUGUCCUGCAACCACCAACACUGCCAACAAUCUCAUCACCACCUACAGGAACAUCCAUAACCAUCUUCCCGAUGAAGCCAAGUUGAAAGUCGACGUCUUCCUUGCCUCCAUGAUAGAUACAGUUCAAGUUGACCCUAGGCCGGUGCCUGGUAUCUAUCAAGAAGAGCUGAACAUAUGAAAUGAGCUCAAGCGAAGAUCUGCUGAAUGCGAUGGAACGACUUGGUGUCAACGUUAAUAGUAAAAUAAUGGCUGGUUUUCCCAACGAGAACGAAGAAUUUGACUACAACGAAAAUCAGCUUGUGAUGGACAGUGGAAUAGAAUCGCCAUCAAAUCUUGACACAUUGAGAUUUCAAGAAAGUGUGUCUGUGUAUGCAGAGGGACAAGUGACGAACUCCUGGAAACGUCCCUAUGUUAUCGUAUGUUCUGACAAGGCCAAGGAGGAAGCAAGCAAUCUCCGUAGACAGCACCAAAACCAGCAAAGAAUUUAUUCUAUCCAUGUUUGCAAAGGAAGAGCUGACUUGACCUCAUUAUCAAGUGGAACAACAUCUUACACGGUGAUGUGGAUCAUCGUUGAUUCACAGAUAUGUGAUCUAUUCAUGCGAAAACGAAGCUUUCAUACAUCUGUUGAGGAUUUCUUUGAAAACUUCGCUAAACAGUCCAAGGUCCUCUUAAUUAACAGACUUCCUGAUACAGAUGACUCCCGAUUUCAAUGUUUCCGAUGGCAACUCCCAGAAGAAUGUCUUAUAGAAUACAGAGAGGUAGAAAUCUCGUCAGGUUUACUGAGUGAAGAAGAACUUAUGAUGACCAGAGGUGAUUCACAAUAUCAGAAAGAUCUUGCUGAAGGUGGUGAACCUGGGCCUCAAGAUGCAGCGGACAGUGAGUCCGAACAUGAUGUCCACGACAUGACUGAAGGCGACUAUGAACUGUCUCCGAGAGAUGAAAAUGAAACUGUCGAGGGGAACACCUAUGUCCAAGUUGGCUCCAAGUGCAAGAUGUACAUAGAAAACUCAAGCCAGAAGUGGACGAUAAUGAGACAGGAUGGAACACAGAACACAAUCGUUCUCCAGAUAGUUGCUGGAGCAGACACAUCAAAGGUUAUUGUGAAGAUAACAACCGACCCACGGGACCAAGGUCUGGAAGAGCGACUUGAGUAUACAAUAAAUCAAGAGACUGAAGUUAUUAACAUAAAACUGAAAGAUGCGGCUAUCGUAGCUGUAAAAAGGGGCUCAGUCAUCAUAGAAAUUCAGGUACAACCUGGACAAAACAUUGGAUCAGUCUGGCUACAAGCUGUGGUUGAGAGCAUACUCACGGAGAAGGUGAAAGCAUGUUUACCCAGUGGCAAUCGUCUGACAUUGGACAUUGAGAGCAACGUCAUUGUUCCCUUGGCAGAUUUGGGAAGAUAUCUUUCAGUAAAUCAGGAAGAGUUUCACAAGAACUGUGUCAGCAAAGAAAAGUAUGAGCAAAAAGUCAGAGAAGUAGAGAAGCUGAAAAGGUCACUCAACCCCUUGGCGCCAGUUGUCAAGUCAGUAUCAGGCGAUAUCGCACGAGAAAAGACUGAUGCAAUCGUCAACUCAACAAACAUGAUCCUGAAACUGGAUGAGGGAGAUAUUUCAAAGUGCAUCCUCGAUGCAGCAGGGCCAGUGAUCCAGGACGAAUGCCGAGCGAAGUAUCCAGCUGGUUUGGAGAAGGGAAUUAUUGCGAAAACAGGAGGUGGAAAUCUUGCCUGUCGACACAUCUAUCAUGUUUUUCUACCCGACACAUGGGAUACCGACCAAUUGAACACAGAACAGCAUCUCCGAGAUACUGUUGGUCAGAUUCUUCAUGAAGCUGAUUCUGAUGGCCACAAGACUGUCAGCUUCCCACUCCUGGGUACAGGAAACCUUCACUAUGAUCCGAGCAGGGUGACUGACAUCCUUACCAAUGUUUGCAGUGGUUUCAGAGGAAGAUCGAUACAAGCCGUUCGACUCGUACAUCCAGAUCACUUCAACACUAAUAUGGAUGUCACUGGUUCAGCUGAGGGGAAGGUGGAAGGAGUUACCUUUUGUGAAGAGUCCACAUCGCUUCCACAAGAAGAACAUGGAGAGAUUGGCCAGCAUCCCACUGACGUACUCAAUUUAAGAAAAACAGCAUUGUAUGCGAAGUCGGAUUCUCCUUCGAAAACAAAGCAAUCGACAUCAGUGAAAGCAUAUGAAAGGCCAAGAACUAGGAUCAGCAUCAGUGUCGGGGACAUCAUGAAACAGGAGGUGGAUGUAAUCGUGUGUGCUGCAACAAGAGAACUUGACCUCAAUAAAGGUGGCUUGUCAAAGGCUAUCCUUGCGGAGGCAGGGGCAGAGAUACAACAGGAGUUGGAGGAAAGCUACCCGAGUGGAAUAUCAGAGGGGCAGAUAGCAUUUACCUCGGGUGGCGGGACAUGCUGGAAACAGAUCUACUUUACAGCACUGUGGCCGUGGGAAGAGUCAGAACUCCGCAAAGAGUCCUUCGUCGAAAUGAUUCUGAAGUGUUUGGACAAAGUAAAUGGAUCGCAGCUGAGAACCAUAGCGUUUCCACUGCUUGGAACCAGUGGCCAUUCCUACCCACCUGACAAAGUAACUCAAUGGAUUCUCGAGGCUAUUGCAGUUCACGAUGAAACCUACACAAGUUCUACAUUGACUGAAGUCAGAGUGCUUGUUCACCCACAGGAUCAACCCUCUUUAAGUGUUCUUCAAUCCAUGAACAUGCCAGACCAUUCUUGAGGUGAAGCCAUGACCACUAUCUAUUUCACACACUUGGAUAACGACUGGAGGUCGAAUGGUUAUCCUUUAGUCAGCUCAAGAGCAGUAUCGACCAAGGGGCAGGGUCGCUGCAUGUAUAUGUGCCUGAACCAUACGAAACAAGUGGUUGACAUUUUUGCUCAUGUUUCCAACGAUACACACCUCAAUUGCUAUCAGUAUUUUGAAAUUCAAGUACUGUCAGUCAUCCUAAACAUUUGUACUAUUGAUAUGUCAUUAUGUGUGUAAAUAGUAUUGAUAUUCAUCAUUUACUCACUAAAAUGUAGGCUUUGGCUUCAUGGGCUUUGGACCACAGAGGCAUCGGAUCAAGUUGGAUUCCACCGUUAGAUAAGUUUGGCACCACCACCUCUAUUUAUUAACAUUGCUCACAUUGUUAUUCUUGAAAAUAUUGUCCAGGACAAUUGUAUAUAACUGUUCAUCAUAUCUGUAUUUGCACUGACCAUAUCAUCAAUCUCUUAAGUAUUAUUUUGCUUAAUGAUGCAAGUUUUUUGACAUAUUAUAUAUUUCUUAAAGUCAGCUAAAAUAGUAAGUCUGGAAUUCACAUAAGGUUAAACAUGCUACAUGUAUGUUGUUUGACAUCGUGAAGGUGACGUCGUCAUAUGUUUUUAUCAGAUCACAGUUAUGCUCAUUUAUCUAAAUCGGUUUAUCUAAAGGGUACAUGUUGGCUCAGUGUGUUACUUGCUGGAUUCCCCGGAAAAUAUUCGACAAACCUCCUUCCAUAACCAAACGAGAUCUCUGCUAAAGCAGAGUCCAUUGUACGAUUCCGACUACAUCAUGAGCAUGUGUUUAUGAAUCGCUAUGAAAUAGUGGUAAUACCAGGUUUUCGCGAAAGCGUGAGCGUAUCCUGUCCCAUGCUCUUUGAAAACUUCCUACAAAGUGCAAGAGCAUGCUCGAUUGGACCUCAAAAGUUGUGAAAUAUUGACACCAAAAGCUGGAGCUUAAGCAAAAUUGCUCGACAUAAAGGGGCUGACUACUGGAAAGUUGAAGUCAUCCGUCUUCUCAAACAGUGUUGAGGAGUGACUGAAAUAACGCAUGUCUAUUUAUACCCUCAAGUUUGGAAUAAGGUUUACAAUUGUUGAAGUAUACGCCCAAGGAAAAUGAUAUUGGCAUAUGCAACUGUCUUUCUAUGCAAAAUACACAAAAAUGAGGUUAAUGUUCACUCGGUGUACAUGUAAUAUAUAAUAAAAUAAUAAAGUCAACUUUAGUCCAUCAUCCUUAUAUUUUUGUUAUUUCUGAUAUAAGAAGAUGAUGGACUAACGUGGACUUAUAUAUAUAUAUAUA